AGGAAGAGAGGAGAGACUCAUAACUCCAACCAAGCGUUCCACUGAUCAGAGAGGCCACAAUCGGGUGUGAGAGGAGGCGCGCGAGCGCGAGAGACUAGAGGGAGGACGACAAGGCGGUGAGGCACGCACCCUCAUAUAUCUCUCUCUCUCUCGUCUCGUCUGACGUGAAGAGAUGAAGGCUACUUUUAAGGGAAGAUACGCCACCGAUAAAAGCAGUGCCUCUGCAACUCUCGCCAUUAACGCCGGCGAUGUCAAAAUCCGUGCUUCCAUGACCGAUGCCACGGUCGUCAAUGGUCCCAGUUUAAAUGGUCUAGCUCUUUCCCUGGAGAAGCCCGGUUCCUUCAUCGUCGAUUAUAACGUCCCCGAAAAGGAUGUUAGGUUUCAGUUCAUGAACUCGAUCAAGGUUAUGGACAAACCUCUGAAAUUAACUUACAUUCAUGGGCGUGGUGACAACCGGACGAUUUUGGAUGGCAGUCUUGUCUUCGAUUCGGCUAACAAAGUCUCAGCUAAUCAUGUUUUGGGUUCUGGAAACUGCAAAUUGAAGUACACUUACGUGCAUGGAGGGGUCAGGACUUUUGAGCCGUGCUACGACUUCGCUAAGAAUUCCUGGGACUUUGCGGUGUCGCAGAGGGUUUAUGGGGACGAUGUGUUGAAGGCUUCGUACCAGACAUCGACCAAGGUCAUGGGCCUGGAGUGGUACAGAGAUUCCAAGGCUAAUGGGUCAUUCAAGGUACAGAAGUCUACCGUUUCAUUAUGGAAUCAUUCAUAGCCUGAACUAUUUAUUCCCUUGUUAUUGUUAGUACCAAGAAAUGAAAUGCCUGAAGUUUUUUUGUGAACCUUGAACUGAAAGCACAUGUGAGCAUAACUUCAACUCCGAUGCAACCGAAAUAAAACUUUUUAGGUCUUUGAAGA